AUGGCGCCCUCUCACGCGCUGAGGUGCUGUAAACGGGCUCUCAACUGGGUACCUGUUCUGUUUAUUAACCUGGUUGUCGGCUGGUCCUAUUACGCUUACGUUGUGGAACUCUGUAUACAAUCCCAAAUAAUGCAGAACGAAGUAAGUGCUGCGUUAUGUAAACAAUAUCCAUAUUUCCGUUUUAAAAUGUGCUCAGUUUCUCUCAUGUUUUUGGAAGACUACCCCAACUCAAUUUUUUUUUCUUCAACAGUCAGCUACUUGGUCUUCUUCCACAUUUUCUUCGGAAUGUUUAUAUGGUCAUACUGGAAAACCAUCUGGUCCAAACCAGCCAGCCCCUCUGCAGCAUUUGCUCUGCCCAGAGCAGAGAAGGAGCUGUUUGAGAAGGAGCAGCGGGCCGAGGUGCAGCAGGAGAUUCUGAAGAAAGUGGCAAGGAAUCUACCCGUGUACACGCGCACGGCUGGAGGAGCCAUCCGAUAUUGCGACUACUGCCAAGUAAUCAAACCUGACCGCUGCCAUCACUGCUCAACCUGUGAAAUGGUGAAUAAUUGUGUGGGAUUCUCAAACUACAAAUACUUUGUCCUGUUCCUGGCCUACGCCACACUCUACUGUGUAGUAAUAUGUGCGACUGUCAUCAAGUAUUUCAUCAAGUUUUGGACAAAACAACUGCCUGACACGCAUGCCAAAUUCCACAUAUUGUUUCUGUUUUUCGUGGCGGCCCUGUUUUUUAUCAGCAUAGUUUCGCUUCUCAGCUACCACCUGUGGCUUGUGGGAAAGAACAGGACCACUAUCGAGGCUUUUCGAGCUCCCGUCUUCGUGAAUGGUCCCGACAAGAAUGGGUUUUCCCUUGGAUUUAGCCGGAAUGUGGUUGAUGUAUUUGGAGACCAAGCAAAGUACUGGAUUUUUCCUGUUUUCUCAGGUCAAGGAGAUGGACAUUCUUUUGUUACCAGACUGGUUCACAUAGACCCUGAGCAUGCAAACAGCAUCCUCCAGCAGAAUGGCAAAAUGCAAGAAUUUUCUCUUUAUUAA